CUGGGGUUCCUUCAUGGGAACGUUUAAUUGUAUUUGAAAGUAGUUCUGUCCCCACUAGAUGUGGGUUUGUUGCUGAUAUUUCUCCAUCUUUUCAAAUGCUGGAGCACCUGAAAAACUCCAGGGUAGCAAGGGAAUGGCUCUUUAUCACCUGCAUGAAGUGUCUGAGGGGGUCAAACUGCUGCUUCUAAUGUUAAAAAAAGAAAGAAGAGAAAGAGCACGCAGGCAUUGAAAUGGGCUGCUUUUGCCAGGAAUCCUUUCUCCUUUGGACAGCAGCUGGUUUGCUCCCAGCCCAGAGCUGUAGAUUCUGUUGAGGAAGCUUUUCAAUUCAGCAUUUUCUAGUCAAGACACUCAAGGCUUGUCUAGCUACAUGAUUGUGGCUUUGGGAGCCAGUGUCUAAUUUAAUCUUGAAGCUGCUGUGGAAAGAGGAAGGAAGAAGCUUUUACCAGAGAAAAGCCAGCCCAUACAAAGGCAAAAACAGUAAAAAUUUGCAAAUGCCAAGAUACCACAAAUCCAAAGUGGUAAAACCUGUGCACCAGCAUGACCUGGACUCAGCUGGGCAAAUAGCAACCAUGAAUAAUUUAAAUAACACUAUAGCUUAAUAACAUUCAAGGAUUUUUUAGAUUAGCCCAAGAAACAAAACCCUUCCGCUGCAGGUCAUAUUUGGCUUUCCUCCUCGGGUUUUCUGCCUCUGCAGGGUUUUGCAGGGGGUUAAUAACCACAAAGGAGAUCUGUUCAGUUUUCUAGAGACAGGUUGAAAGUGUAUCCAACCUCAAACUAGUGUUAAUCAAAACAAAACAACAAACCAGGAGUAAAAAUUGCUGCUGCAAAAAUGUUUCUAAAUCCAAUCCUUUUCCUGGUCCAGCCCUGCUGCCCUGGCUGUUCUGUUCAGAGCAGGGCAGACACUCCCUGCAGGGGGGUCUGUGUGUCCUGCACAUCACCAGCUGCAGCCCAGUGGCUCCCUGGAGAGAAUUCUGCUAUGUAAUGAGCUCCCCCCAUUCCCAAAGCUGCUUUCCUGGGGCUCCCAGCGAGCAGGAGGUGGCAGAGGCUGAGCCUUCCCUCUCCAGCUUCCAGCCAGACCCUCCAGAGCUGCCUGAUCCGCUGACAGGGCUGGGGAGAUCCUCCUCCUCCUCCUCCUCCUCAGGCGAUGGACUAACAGGGAAACAGGCAGCAAAAUGAAGCACAGCCUGGCCAAGGCGCUGUACGACAACAAGGCCGAGUGCUCGGACGAGCUGGCGUUCCGCAGGGGGGACAUCCUGACGGUGCUGGAGCGGCACGUGCUGGGCAGCGAGGGCUGGUGGUGGUGCUCCCUGCACGGCCGCCACGGCCUGGCCCCCGCCAACCGCCUGCAGCUCCUGCCGGCCACCCCGGCCCAGAGUGACCAGCCCACGGAGCCGCCAGCGGGACACAACAUCUACCAGGUGCCCUCCGUGCCCAAGGCCGCGGUGCUGUCGGCCACCUACGAGAAGAUGGAGGGCUGGGUGCAGGCCCCGGCCACGGGCUCGGCCGCUGCGGCCCAGGCCGUGUACCAGGUGCCGGCCCUGGCGGCGCAGCUGCUCAGCGAGAGGACCAAGCGCUCCGUACACCAGCACCUGUUCACUCUGCCGAGAGCCUGCCGGGCUUCAGCCCCAAACAUCAGGGGUGAGGUGUACGAUGUCCCCUCCGCACAGCGCCGCGGGUCCCUGCUCACACAGAGCAGUGCCACUCCCCCCAGCACACAGAAGGGCUCCGUGCUGGGCAGAUCCACUGAGAUCUUCCAGGAGGAGCAGAAGCAGCUUUACAACAUCCCCUCCAACCCAGAAAAAGCAGGAGCUGGCAGCCAGAAGGACUCAGCAGCAGGCAAUUUAUAUGACGUCCCUCCCAAAAGAGAACUCAAUGACUCAGAAAAUAAAUCUCAGAAAAAGUGCCGGGGCCAUUACAACACUUUGCCAAACCCUCGGAAAUCCGAAUGGAUCUACGAUAUUCCGGUAUCCCCUGAAAAUUCCGGAUUCAAAGCAAACCCUCCUGGCCAGUCUGUGGAGAAGCAGGUGCUGUAUGACAUACCCCCAGCCAGGUACAAGGCUCCAGCCACAACCACGGAAGCCAAGGCUGGAAAUCCACAGUUAUACAACAUUCCACCGAGCCAGCGGAAAUUAACCCUUCCAGAAAUCCCCCUUUACGACGUUCCAUCCUCACGGGAUGCGCUCCCCUUGCCACAGAACGGCAGCUGUGAGGUGCCCCUGAGUCUCCUGGCCCCCAAGGCUGAGAAUCAGAUCUCUGGGGAGAAUGUUUAUGAUAUUCCCAAAGGUUUGCCCAGCGCUGGGCACCCCAAGAAAGAGAUGGAAAACAACAGCGAUGGCUCUGGAGACCAAGCACGCGGCGCUUCUCCACAGCUCUCAGGGGACACCAAGUCAGAAAAUGACCCUUUUAGUGUCUCUAGUGUGGACAGCAGAAGCAGCACUCUCUCCUCAUCCUCCAGCUCUUCUGCUGAGUCGUUUUCUACUCUGUCACCAUUGCCAGAGCCUGUCCAAGAAAUUAAACUGGAGCUGGAAGAAGCCAUCGAGACCCUGACUCGGCUGCAGCACGGAGUGUCCAGCUCCAUUGCCAGCUUAAUGAUCUUUGUGAGCAGCAAGUGGAGGUUGCAGGAGCACCUGGAGAAAAGCCUGGAGGAGAUCCACAGAGCAGUGGACCACAUAAAGGUGUCACUGGGAGAGUUCCUGGCUUUUGCUCAAGGCCUGAAGGGAAAUGCCUCCAACCUCACUGAUAACAACCUGCAGGCCAGGAUUAAAAAACAGCUUGAAAUCCUCAUGAACUCCUACAAAAUAUUGACAGAAACAAGGGAAGCUCUCAACAACUGCAGCUGGUCCCUGGAGGCUUUGGUGCUCAGGAAGCCCCAGAGCAACCCUGAUGACCUGGAUCGCUUUGUUAUGGUGGCCCGGACAAUUCCAGACGAUAUCAAGAGGUUUGUGUCCAUCAUCAUCGCCAACGGGAAGCUGCUCUUCAGGAAGAGUGAGAAGGAGCAAGAAACGAAGCAACCAAAAGUGAACCCAGAAUGCAAAAUGGCAAAACAAAUCCCAGUGCCAAGAAGAGUAGAAAUAGAGUCACUCCAGAGAAAUGCUCCUGAUAAAACCAUCCAAAGCCAGGUCCCUUUGGAGAAACCAGAAGAAAAUUCCACCGAGGAUUGUGAUUAUGUCCAGUUACAGGCACAGAAAGUCAUUUCAGGUAAAGAAGUAGCAAUGAAGAGUACAGAGUCAAACCUGAAGGUUUUGCCAUGUGCAAAAAAGACUCUGAAUCCCAGCAGGCAGGACCUUGGCAGGAAAAUCCCCCUCCCAGAGCACUGCAGGCUGUGCUUCGCUGCCCUGCACAAGGCGAUCGGGGUGUUCACCACCAGCCUCCGCAACCAGCAGCCGCCCGAAAUCUUCAUCUCCCACAGCAAACUCAUCAUCAUGGUGGGGCAGAAGCUGGUGGACUCUCUGUGCCAGGAGACCCAGGAGAGGGACGCCCGCAGCGACAUCCUGCACAGCAGCAGCCGCUUCUGCAGCCUGCUCAAGAACCUGGCCCUGGCCACCAAAACCGCAGCCCUCAAAUAUCCCAACGCAGAGGCCACCAGGGAGCUGUGGGAGCAGACGGAGGAGCUGGCCAAGUACACCCAGCAGUUCAGAGCCAUGAUGGACUGAGGGACCUGGUUUUGCUCCUCUGGACACCAAUUUGCACUCAGAAUUCCUGCCAGGAAUUCGCUGGGUGCUGGUGCACUGUUAGCAGGUGAAGAUCCCCACAGCAGCUGGUGCAGAAAAAUUCAAUCUGCACUUUCUUCUCCACUGUUCACAUCCCACCUGGAAAUGUCAUUGUCACAGUGACUGGGUGGGAAUGUUUGCUGUGUAUUGGAGCAAAAGUUGUUGAUUAUCAGACUGAUUUCUUCUUUUUUUGUUCUCUAUGUAUGUCAGAUAAAUGUAUUUUCCUUUUUUAUUUCUUUUUUUAUUCAUGUAAAGUCUCUCUUUAAAUGUAGCUGCACAAUGUUUUGUAACUUAUGAUAUCCCAGUAUCGACUGUUUCCUGAGGACUUUACUCAAAAUUUGUAAUUACAGGGUUUUUUUACACAGCUGCAAAGCUAAUUUUUGGGUUUAAUAUACAAAUACAACACAGUACAAAAUCUGGCCAA